UGCCUGUUGAAAUUUGGCAAAAAUGUUAUAAAGCCUUGCAACCUCUCUAAAGAAGGACUAUUCUCCACCAGCCAAUAUCUUCCUGUGUCAUAUCAAAGUCAUGUUCAAUAUUCAGUCUGGAGUAAUGGAGACAGUUUAUUGAAGACAUGUACAUCCAGUCAAGUAAUUGUCACACGAAAUUCUGGAUUUUACAGAAAGUUGCCUGCAUCUAGAAUGUGGGAUGCCUUAACUACUGUCAGUAAUCCUGGUAGGAAAAGAGGCAGAGCUAGGCAUGUAAAAGGGUUAAGAAUGGAUUUAAAUAAAGGCCAGAGACUUGGUGAUGGAAAGGUUAGAAUGUCAUGGCCUGGUCUGAAUACUGCAACAUCUACUGGAGAAAGUAGACAAAUUAUUCAGGAAUUAGAGGCUGAUCCAGAACGGAAGGCUAAACUGGCAGGUGCUCGAAUGAGGAGAAAAAUGACUUCUCGUAGAGUGCCGGCAUUACAGAGAGGAUGGUCUGGAAAUAGCCUUCCAGGAACCAGCAUUGGACCACCUGACCCGAUUAACGACUAUAAGUUUGAAGGAUUUGAUUCUAGAGUUUUAGAGCUGAAAAGGGUAUCGAAUGUUACAGCUAAUUUAGGAAAAAUUUAUACAACCAGUGCUUUUGUUGCUACUGGUAACGGUAAUGGAUUGGCAGGCUAUGGUAUAGCUAAAGCAGCUAAUAUGAAAGCAGCUUUGAGGAUUGCCAAGAAUCGUGCAGCUCAACAGUUAGUUUUUAUAGAGCGGUAUAAUGAAGCUACAGUUUAUCAUAAUUUCCACUGUCAAGUAAAUAAAUCACAGAUCUUUGUUCAUAAAGCGGCAGAAGGUUCUGGAGUGAAAGCCCAUCGUUGUAUUAAAACUUUAUGCCAGUUAAUUGGUAUCACAGAUUUACGAACUAGAACUGAGGGCUCCACUAGGAACAUACAAAAUAUAACUAAAGCUUUUUUUAAUGGAUUGAUCAAGCAGGAAACCCAUCAACAACUAGCUGAAAGAAUGGGAUUGAAUGUUGUUGAGAUUCGAAGAGGAGUUCCAACUAUUGUUGCCAGACCUCAGAACAGACCGUCCGUUAAGAAGGAAGACAAGCCAAAAAGCACUGAUUUGAUAUUCGCUAACCUGUACUUUGAUGGAAAAGUGCCGUUAAAGAAACGAAUCGUUGAGCCCUUUUAUCAUAAAAUGCGACCCUAUAAAUUGAAACAGUUUUUUUUGUAUAAAAAUCGCAAUCAACGUCAAAUUCAAAGGGAGAGAGCUGUUUAUGGUUUGGAACCAAAUAAAGAAGAACGUAAAAUCCGAUGUUUACCAUUGAAAUAGACCAUUGAUUCUUGUUAAUGAAAAAAUGAAAGUAAUAUCAUCCUCACAAGCCAUGUUGUUAGAAUUCCUGUGUGUGUGAAGAUGAUGUAUAAAAUAUAAUGUGUUUGUACCAUGAAUAUCACUCUAAUUAAAGUUAAAGUUAGAUUGCUCUUUUAUUUCUUUUUUUUCUGAUUUCUGAUUGGUUAAGAAUAACAUCAUUAGAACAGGACUGUGGUAAAGAACUUAUUAGACUAGAAUGCAGACAUGAAUAUGAAAAAGAACUAAAAUUGUAAUAAGAUUGCAUGAAUAUCAGCCUCAAAGAUCUAGGCACAAUUGAUAAUUAUGUGCUGGAAGAUAUUGAAUAGUUUGUAUAUUGUUUAAUUUCUGUGUUAUACUCUGGGAAUAUCAUCUUCACACGACUAUUUUCUUGUCCUUGGGAAGAUGUUAAAUACUUUUUAGGUUGUUGUAUUUCUGUAUAUGCAAGGAAUAUCAUCUUCACAUAUCAUGGGAUUGGUUGUGUUAGAAAAUGUCAGUUCAUUCUUGUAUUUGGGAAGAUGUUGAAUGGUUAUUGAUGUGUUGUAUUUUGGCAAUGGAUAUCAUUUUCACAAGUCAAGGAUUGUAUUGGGAAGAAUAUAAUCCUGUCAUUAGGCUUGUGAAGAUGAAUGACUAUCAGUGUGAUAUGUGUAACAGGGAAAAGAAAUUUAGGGACUAUGAACUUUGCAUAUUGCUUAGAUAAUCAAAUUUUGCUGAUUUUUUAAAGUAAAUUUGAAUAUCAGCCUCAUUUAAUUCUAAAGUUUAGAUUGAAUAAACACACACUUCUCUCCCAGACGUUUCAAAGAUAAAAUAUUAAUAUAUUUGCCUUCCUACGUAAUCUGGAUAUUUAGACAGUGUAAAUAUGAUGCCCUAGAGCUAUGUUUUAUUGUUAUUGUAUUAUGCAGGCUUUAGAUGUCACAAAUACAUCUCAAUUUAUC